GAAUGCAAUGAUCAAUGAAAACGGCAUUGUCUUCAAAAUAAAUAAUAAAUAAAAACGUUUAUAUUAUCACUCAAUUGAGUCCCAAAUUUUAAUGAAUUAGUCUCAUAAUCAUCAUCUGAACGAUGGAUUCAAUUGGGUGGUCAUCUAUAGAUGUGUUGCUGAUGACCAUCACUGCCAUCAUUGCCAUCUCAUUCAUAUCAAUCAUCUAUUUAUUUAUAAAAUUCAGAAGACGAAGACCUGAGUUGUGUCCAGUGAAGUGUCAUUAUUGUCACGAAUCGCAAGAAGUUUUAUUUAGUGAAACAAAUUCAUUUGACUGUCGCUAUUGCCGUCAAUACAAUGGAUUCAAACCGGACGGCAGUUAUAAUAAACUAAUACCCGAUCACUAUAUGGCCACUGAAAAUCCGCCGCAGUUUUGUCGUCCGAUUCUCAAUUGCUAUUCAAAUAGCGGUCAAUUGUGUCACUCUUGUAAUAUCAAUCAAGAGAUUAAAAUCAAAUUAUUGACUGAAUUUAUGCCAUUUAAUGAAAAUAAAUUCACUGAAGAAUAUGAAGAAUAUAAGAGACAUCUGGAGAAUGGAUACCGUUUGUGCAGUCAAUGCGAGUCAACCCUCAAGAAUAUUCUGUCAAAACCGAUUAAUUGCAUUAAAACAGUGGUCAACCAUAUAGUCCAACAAAAUCUGAAGCCUGAUUUGGAUUUAGUGUUUGCCAAACAAAGUAAUAAACACAUGAAGACCCUUAAGACAUCACUUAUAGUCAUUCAAGUGGUUCUCGAAGUCAUUAGUAUUACUUGUUCACUGAUUAUGAAUGUGUUUGCCAUCAAUGACUUCAACGACAAUAGCGAUUUGUCAAUCGUUGAAUUUCCGGCACAAGUGAAUCAAUUUUUAUACUUAAAUUUGUCAAAUCAAAGUCUAGUGAUUUUUUGUGGACUUAUUUCAUCGCUAACUUCAUUAGCUAUUUGUGAUAAACAACUUAUACCGACAGCUCUGUGGUUAGCAUUUGUCUCAAUUGAUACACAAUUUAUAAGCAAUUAUUUUGAUAAAAUUUCGACAAUACUUUUGCGGACCAUUUUAUCCGCUUUUUUGAUUACAGUCUUUACUAUUACUAUAGUUUCGCGUUUGAUUUGUUUUUGUUAUAUGUUUUAUGUAAAAUACAAACAAAAUUUUAUUAAACAAACAGAAAUUGUUAAGUCAUUUGGAAAUACCGUAAACAGUAAACCAAAAGUUUUAACUAACAGUAAAGUAGUCAAUCGUAGCCAAGAAAUCGAUAAUAAGAAACCAAUGCUAAGAAGUGCUGAACAAUCGAUUGGAGAGCAAAUAAAGUCACUCUCUAUUAUCGAUGAAAGAAAUAAUAGUUUAAAUUCAAAUCCAAAGUCAAAACAGAAUUAUUGGAUCAGCGGAACAAAUACAGCCAAUACUUAUGGCUCAGACUUACAUCAGAUGUCUAGAAAUUCUUCAUUAACACCGAAGAAUAUUAUACUUCCGGCAAAAUUCCAUUACGAAUCGAUCGCUCAAACCUCUUGGGUUUCACCAUUUAAGCCAAACCAAAGUCCACGUAAAGAGUUUUCAUCAAACUAUUCUUAUAUGGGGUCAGACAGUCAGCACUUAAUCAAUUGGAUGACUAACGAUAUAUCAGGUUUGGUGACUCCGCCACCAUCUAUCAGCCCUUCGAUUUGCAGUGAAUCUGCUUUUGUCAAUCGAUUUUCCACUAAUGUUGGCAACAGUUAUCAAUUGAAUGCUUUUGACUUCAAAAACAAUGGGUUUUCCAACAAUUUUAAUGAAUCUAUUGUCAGAAAUCGUAUAACUAGUAAACAUAUUGUUAGACCACUUACUAUUGAUGGAAGUUCUAGAAGUAGUAGAGAAGACUCGUAUAGUAAUGUCAGUCAAAUGAACGAUUCGUUGUCUUCGCUGUCCAUUAAUAGGAGACAACAUUUAAAACCAGUUGAAACUGUUGUCAAUAAUGAGACGACAUUGCAAAGAGUUGUACACAGUUUGACACAAAGUUUAAUAAUAGCUUUGUUUGUUUUAAUACUAUUUUGUUUUGUAAUCUUUUUAUCACUGCCAGUGACAUUCAGGACUCAAUUUGAUUUUAAUUCAAUGAAUUUUCAAUUAAGUGUCGAAAAUGUGCCUCAAUAUGAUGUUUGUAUAAAAUAACAACAGUU